AUGGUCCUCUCCACAACCACAGCGUUCACAACCUUCCUCCUCCUGCUUCUCCUCAACCUCCCUCUCACGACCACAGCCCAACCCGCCCCAAACGAAACCUCAACCUACACCUACAUCGUAAUCGGCUCCGGCCCAGGAGGCGGCCCCCUAGCCUGCAACCUCGCCCGCGCAGGCCACCCGACCCUCCUCCUCGAAGCAGGCGACGACGAGCGCGACGACAUCCGCACCGUCAUCGCCAACGGCGGGUACUUCAUCACCCCGAGCAACAGCUGGUCCUUUUUCGUACGGCAUCACGCGGAUGACGAGGUCGAGCUGCGGAAUAACCACCUCACGUGGCGGCUGCCCUCGCAGAAUGGAACCGGUAUCGGACCGUACUGGGUCGGCAACGCGGCGAGGGCGCCACAGGGGGCAGAGUUGUUGGGGGUGUGGUACCCGCGCGGCGCGACGGUGGGAGGAUCGAGCGUGACGAAUGCGAUGGCGACGUGGUUGCCUAAUGAUUCGGAUUGGGAUUUUGUGCAGAAUGUCACGGGGGAUGAUUCAUGGAACCACAAGAACAUUCGUCGAAUCUUUGAGAGGAUCGAGAAGAACAACUAUCUCCCUGAGGGCACGCCGGGUCACGGGUUUGACGGCUACUUUAACACGAAUCUAGGCAAUGGGUCACAGUAUCUCAAUAACCCUGGUCUCAUGGACAUUCUCAAGUCGCACUUGCGGUCUAUUGGGAAAGACCCGGAGAAGCUCAUCGAGAUGGUGGGCAGCGACGGGAACUUCCUCAGCGAAGAUAGAGACACGACGGAGGGCAUGUGGGGGCUGUCGUUUCAUGCCACGGAUAAGUGGGAGCGGUACAGCUCUCGCACGUACAUCUAUGAGACGCUGGCAGCCAAGAACGCAGAUGGCUCUCCUAAGUGGCCCCUAACCUUGUCGACGAAUUCUCUGGCCACGAAAGUCCUAUUUGAAGAUACGGAGGGUGGAAAGCCUAGGGCCGUGGGCGUUGAGUACUUGGCGGGCAAUUCCACGUACGGUGCCGACGUGCGGCGAAACGCGUCAACGACAGGCGAGACAAGACGAGUAAUGGCGUCUCGGGAGGUCAUCGUUGCAGGCGGUGCUUUCAACUCGCCCCAGCUACUACAGCUCAGCGGCAUCGGAAACAAAACGGACCUUGAAGCUCUCGCCAUCGAGGUCGUGGCAGACUUGCCGGGCGUGGGGCGAAACCUCCAAGACAACCAAGAAUUCCCGGUUGUGGGCCACGCUCAACUUAACCUCACGGCUACUCCAAAUCCCAACGAGCCAAUCUGCGCCAAAGGAAGCCCCGGAGACCCAUGUGAAGAGCUGUGGCGACAGGGAAAGGGCCCGUACAUGCGGCCAGGAUACAACUCGAACGCGUUGCUUCUAAAGUCCAACUUUUCGCUGACCGGAGAGCGAGAUGUCUUCGUCUUCAGCUGGCCAAGGGCGUUCCGCGGAUUCUGGCCCGAGGUGCAGCAGCCGGAGCUCCUCGAUCCGCCGAAUACCGUUGGCUUCUCAACAGUCAAGAUGCAUCCGCAGAACACAGCCGGAUACAUCAAGAUUCGGUCCGCAGACCCGACGGAACCGCCGCAGAUCAACUUUGAACUGUACAAGGAAGGCGCCGAGACGGACCUUGAAGCACUAGCGGAGGUAGUGGCGUGGGGCCGACGGAGCAUGCGGGACGUCCAAGGUCCGUGGGGUCCAGUGGAUCCGGCCGAACCUCCGUGUGCGCAGGUCGAGAGUAAUGGCCGCUGCGGCGAUGCGAACCCGGAGUCGGACAAGGAUUGGAUCCGGGAGCAGACUUUUGGGCAUCAUCCUACAGGGACGUGCAAGAUGGGUGCGGCUGAUGAUGGCAUGGCGGUGGUGGAUUCCGAGUUUCGGGUGUUUGGCGUGGACGGGCUCAGGGUUGUCGACGCGAGCGUGUUCCCGCGGGCUCCCGGAGCAUUCCCUGCCGUGGCGACCUUUAUCAUUAGCCAGAAGGCGUCAGAUGUGAUGCUGGGAGGCCUAGGAACGUCAGAGCCACAAGGGAUGAUGGUGGUAAGCCAGGGUAGUUAG